UGCUUUUCAAACCAGAAAAGGGGACUUUUGAAAUCCUUUAUAAAUACAUGGUCAGUUGAUGAGAUACCCUCGGUCCUCCCAAGUUCAAGCUCCCAGUCCUCGCUCCAGUCUUGAGCCUUUGCUGUCUGCAAGCAUGUCGGAAGCAACUCUUCAACAUGCACCCUCCAAAGUCAUGGUUGACACGGAUUCGACAUCCAGUGAACCAGUGCCCACGCAAGCUGGUGUCAAAAAUGUAGAGGCCAUCAAGACCGCCUUUGGCAAGGUAGACUUUUGGGUCAUGUACAUUGGUCUUUUAUUAGUUGCAUACAUCUCCAGUCUUGACGGACAAUCAUUCUGGACACUCGAGCCUUUUAUCACAAGUUCCUUCUCCGCCCACUCCAUGCUAACCGUCCUUCCAAUCAUCAACCAAAUUAUCAACGCUGUAUCCAAGUUCCCCAUCGUCAAACUUGCCGAUACAUUCGGACGUAUGGAAGCCUAUAUUUUUAGUCUGGUGUGCUAUAUCGUGGGAUACAUUACAAUGUGUCUUGUAACAAACUAUUCAGGAUUUGCGGGAGCAUCUGUUUUGUAUAGCAUCGGAACAUCCGGUAUCUACAUGAUGCAACAGCUGAUCAUCGCUGAUACCACUACACUUGCCAAUCGCGGUUUUCUAUCAUCUCUCCCCGACUUUCCCUUCAUCAUCAACGCCUGGGUUGGACCCAUCUAUGCUGUUGCCUUCCUUCCCGACAACUGGCGCUGGACCAUGGGUAUAAUGAUCAUCCUCAUGCCCGUCGUAUCAGCUCUGGUCAUCGGUGGACUGUGGCAUGCUGAGCACAAAGCAAAAAAACUCGGCAAAGUCCGACCGGCUAUCCAAUGGAAUAAGAAUUUUGUUAUGGAGUUGGUUAUGGGAAUGGAUCUCGUCGGUGUGCUUCUGCUUGCCGGUGCAUGGUCUUUGAUACUGUUCCCGCUGCUACGAGCGACAUCUUACGACGACGGAUGGAGAAGUGGAUCCGUUAUUGCAAUGAUCGUUUCUGGUGUCGUUCUGCACGUACUACUCAUCUUUUGGGAAAAGUACUUUGCCACAUACCCCAUCGUUCCUGUUCGAAUGAUCAAAAACCGUACCGUCCUUGGCGGUCUCCUAUCUGUCUUCUUCAUCUUCAUGUCGUGGUUCCUGUACAACUCAUAUCUGACGUCCUAUCUCUACCUCACUCGUGGAAUUGACUUUGACAAGGCGCAAUGGAUCACGAACGGCUGGAUGUUUGCCUCUGUGGGGUCAUCCAUUCUUCUCGGUCUUGUCAUGAAGUUCCAUAAACGAUUUCUCAUUUGGGCAUAUAUUGGCGUCGCAAUCAAUAUGAUUGGCAACGGUUUGAUGGUGAACUUCAGAGGUCCCGAGAACGCAGCGGUCGAAAUUGUCUUUUCGCAAAUUCUGGCUGGGUUAGGUGCUGGGAUGAUUACCUGUGCCACGCAGGUUGGAGCGCAGGCCGCUGUCCCUCAUCAAGAUGUUGGUAUCGUUACAGGCAUAUAUCUCAGUAUCGCGGCAAUCGGAGGCGCCAUCGGCAGCGCCAUUGCAGGAUCUAUGUGGACCAACAUGAUGCCAAACCAACUUGCCGCCAAUGGGAUUCCUGCAGAUGCGCUAUCAGAGAUCCUUGGGGACGUCACUUUCGCCCGCGAAUCUUUGGCAGAAUAUCCCGGUAUUAGCGAUGCUUACACAUAUGUUACAAAGAGAAUCAAUAUUGUGUCGCUCUGUGUGUUGAUACCAAUAUUUGGAUGCCUGCUGGCAAUGAAGAAUCUACCUUUGCCCGAUGAUAAAGUUGCUGCUGGUGCCCCAUCAACAGGAAAGGAUGUAGACAGAGAAGAUGAGAUUCGGGUUUGAGUUUAGACCUUUAUUUGGCAAUUCUUUACAAUAGUGCCGAGCACCCCUUACGUUUAAUUUUCGGAAUGCACUAUAUGUAUAAAAUCUCAAUUUUAUGUACGAAGGGACCUUUGCUGUGGAGUUUUCUAAAGCGUCCGUUAAGAUAAAGCAAUUAUACAUGGCAAUACAAAUCAUAGAAUAACAAG